GCGGGGAAAGCUGACAGCGCUGUGCAGGCGUUUCAGGUCGCCGGGAUCAAUGCUGUUUCAUCUGGCUGGGGUUUGCAAGGACAGCCACUGACUUGUUUGGAAUUUAGGAUUAAGUACCUAUGGAGAAAUGCUCCUGACUGGAUUACUUAAAGUGUUGAGGAGAGGCGAGAGAGAGCUUGGUUGGACGUGCCCGAAUCUCGCUUGAGGACCCUUAGAAGCCAAGUUUCUCGGAGCACUACAGUACCUCUGGCCCCUAUGGAGCCUCCAAUCCCCCAUAGUAUCCCUGUCAGCCCAAGCUCAGUCAUGGUCCAGCCCCUGCUGGACAGUCGCCUCUCGUAUGGCCGGCUUCAGCACCCACUCACCAUCCUGCCCAUUGACCAGAUGAAGACAACCCAUGUAGAAAAUGACUACAUCGACAAUCCUGGCCUGGCCCCAGCAACUGGCUCCAAGCGGCCCCGAGGAGGGUAUCCUGAGCCAACCCCAGGCCUCUCUCGAUGUGACCAGGAUGUCACCCACCCCUGGAUCUCCUUCAGUGGGAGGCCCAGCUCCAUCAGUAGCAGCAGCAGCACAUCCUCAGACCAGAGGCUCCUGGACCACAUGGCCCCACCCCCUGUGGCUGACCAGGCUUCCCCAAGGGCAGUGCGAAUUCAGCCCAAGGCCAUUCACUGCAAGCCCCUGGACCUGAAGGGGAUGCCGCCCCAAGAGCUGGACAAACACUUCCUGCUCUGUGAGGCCUGUGGGAAAUGCAAAUGUAAGGAGUGUGCCUCUCCUCGGACUUUGCCUUCCUGCUGGAUCUGUAACCAAGAAUGUCUCUGUUCAGCCCAGAGCCUGGUCAAUUACAGCACCUGCAUGUGCCUGGUGAAAGGGGUCUUCUACCACUGCACCAAUGAAGAUGACGAAGGCUCCUGUGCUGACCACCCCUGCUCCUGCUCCCACUCAAACUGUUGUGCCCGCUGGUCCUUCAUGGGGGCCCUGUCUCUGGUGCUGCCAUGCCUGCUCUGCUACCUGCCAGCGACUGGCUGUGUGAAGCUGGCCCAGCGGGGCUAUGACCGCCUGAGCCGGCCUGGCUGCCGCUGCAAGCAUACCAACAGUGUCAUCUGCAAGGCAGCUACAGCAGUGGACAGCAGCAAGACCAACAGAGCCGAGAAGCCCUUCUGAUUUUUCUCCUUCCCCACCUUGUUGCCUCGGGCUUUGUCUGCUCCUGACCCACAACAUUGCCAGAGAAGACUGCAAAGGGGCCAGGUCUUCUGUGUCCUGAAGAUUCCUUGGCUCAUACUCCCACCCCUUCAGAUUCUGGGAAGAAUCAGAUCCGUCACCUCCCUCCUUCCCUUCCCAAACAAGGCACUUUGGGCUAUAUUCAGGGUUUUGGAACUUUUGUGUGGUUUUUGUUUAACUAGAAUAGAAGCAGGGAGGGGGGAGAGGAGUGUUGUGUGAUAUGGACUUGAGAUUUUUCAGAAGACAGAACAUAGAUGUACACACACAUCCGGAAACUGCAGCUGCUUGGAAUGCCUUCCCAGCCCCCUUUCUCCCUCCCUUCCUUCCCUCCCUUUGUCCCUCCCUCGCCGGAUAGGGGCUGGCUGCCUGGGAGUCUGAAUACCCCAGGAAUCAUUAACUAGGUGGCUUGGGUGCCUCUGCAGAAGAGGAUUGGAUUCUCGAUUUCUCCCCUCUUCCCCAAUGUGUCACCAAUGUCUUGGUGAAGGUGAAAAACUAACAUGCUAUAUCCACACUUUAAAAAGAAGAGGGGCCAGUUAAGUACAAAGUAGGUGGGGGUGGGGGGAUGUUAGGCAUCUCCCUGUUUUGCUCCCUGCCCCAAGUUACAAUAUUAAGGAUGAGUUUUAAACUAACUCCCAAAUACCUUUCUCUGCACCCCUGUCCUUCAUCACUAAUAUUUUUGAGAUAUUCCCACCUAUAGCCUCCAAAAUUCAUUCUCUCUUAGUUCUGAUAAGCUGUCACAGAUUUAACUGCCCACCAAAGGUCCUUUUUUUUUUUUUUUUUUUUACCUCCAUCCACAUUCUUUUUAGAAAUAAUAUGGGUGGGGCAGGCAGAGGAAGGAGAGACCAAAUGUCAUUUUUGCCAAUGAGAAUCUGGUCGCCAUGUCCAGUUAUUACAUUUUGCUAGAAUAAGUAAACUAGAUGGUAACAGGUUUUAAAGACACUCAUUUCCUUCUCUGCUCUCCCCAAGUGCUGCUUUCCAGGUCCGGUUUGGGGAAGAGAGGACAUCCUGAAGAAACAUGACCUCUGUUCUCUGUCCCCAUCCCUGUCUCUGACCUUCCCCCCUUCCCCACCCAUAGAAUUUUUAAUUCUGAAGAGAGACAGUCACUCUCCCUGGCCAAAUGACGUUUGAAGCUUGGUGGGUUUUCUUCCUAUGGCCUGCUGCCGCCGCUGCUUAGCUUCAUAGCUUCUCAUGUACAAUAGUGUGUCUAUAUCUUUGUAAAUAGAGAGAUGACAAAAAAAUAAAGUCUAUUUUAGUGUUAGCAAGUGCUAGGGGGAGAGCCAGGAAGGCCCAGAAGGGGGAAAUUUUCCCAAGGGGGUUCUGGAGAAGAAUGCUAGCCAGUGGUGGGCCCCCCAAAGAUGCAGUGACCCUUUCUCUCAAGGUGCUAGAGGGAGUAGAAUGGGCACAUGUAAAAUGGGUACGUACUUGUUGCAUGCAAAAGCUGAUAUUGUAGCUUUCUUUGCUCCUCCCCCAUUUGUUUUGUUUCCUGUCAAGUGGAGAAGUGUCCAGGGCAAGGCCGGCCGGGGGCAGAUGGAGUGGGCACAGCACCAUUAAGGCUGUGCCAGGCAUGGAUAGCAUUCUCCAGGGAAUCUCAUCUGUUCCACAGAGAAUAAUAAUUGCCCUUUUAGGAAGGAACAAGGGAGGCAGUCUAUAGUCCUGUGUAGGAUACUUUCCAAGGACCUUUUUUUUUUUUUUAAGAGUAGUGGUAACAUCUGAUUUAAAAUAAAUUAACUGUAACCAUAGGUAUUUAUUGAUUGGGGGGAGGAGGGGCUUGUGUUUUAGACUUUCUUAUUUAUAUAAAUAUUUGCUAGCUUGUAAAAGCAGAACACGGAAUUACCACACCUGCAUUUUCUGGUGCUGGUUCAUGUAGCUAUCCUUGCCAUAGACAUAUUACGAUGGGUAUAUAUAUAUAUAUAGAUAUAUAUAAAUGUUCUUGCACAAAUCUGAGGGAACAGUAGGAAGGGAAACACAUUUACAGCCAACCACUUAUACCAAUUGAAUGUAUCAGAUGUCACUACUAAAGGAGAUGAUGAUAAAGGUUUUCCUGGGCAGAGGGUUAGACAUCCUGUGCCUGCCUAGCGAGAGUCAUCCAUCUGUGUCUGCUGGGCAGUGGAUGGUGCUGGCGGUCCUCAACUUGCCUCCACAGAACCUGGACCAAGUGGUGGGCUAGCUACAUUUUGAUGGCCAUUCCCCCUUGCACACCCAUUCUGUGGAGAAUUGAUUGACCCAUGCACACAACCACACUGAUCCUCUACACAAACACUUUGCUUACAAAGUAGCCUCUAGGACCUUAACUUCCAGUGUACAUAGUUUGUAAACCCUGAUUUCUUUGGGUUUCUUACUUUUUUCCUUUUGGUUUGUUUUUAGCCCUGCUAAGCUAAAUGGCUUCAGCUCUCUCUUCCCCCUUCCCCUCCCCAAUUUUUCUCUGCCUCUACUAUUUGUGGCUACUUUAACACAGUGUGACAGAUGAAAACUUCUGUUUAUUUUAUUUUUUUUUUAAGAACUUCUGAUCUCCAAACUAUUCCUUAGCCUGUUUCUGCAUGGGGCUUCUCCCAAUUGGAGCAACAAACUUGUUGAGGUUCAUGCGCAUGGAUGUGGAACUAACUAGGAGGACCUGCAAGAAGGCCACCUGAUAAUAUAUGAGUUUGUGCUUCUGGCUAUUUGCAUUAGCUGAGUGAUUGGUGGACAAGAAGGCCCCAUUCCCUCUCCUUUUAAUGGUACCACUUCCCACUUCUAUCUGGCUCAGACUACCUGUCCUUGCCUGGAGCCAAGGCUCAAGGGAAGAUGAGGUCACUCAUGAAGGGCAAAUAUAUCUAUUUAGAAAGUCAAUGAUAAAUCCCACAGCAGGUAAUAAAUCCUAGCCCCCUGAGCUCAGAGGAUAUUUUUUUUAUUGGAGGUGUCCCAGUGAGUACCACUCUGGCACCUUGAGGAGCCAGGUAGGUGGGGGAAAGUGUCCAGGCCAUGAUGGCCACUAUGCCCAGGCCCAACAUUUCUCAAUGAGCUAUCCAGCAUAUCCCCAUUAAGAUGUGCCACACUUGUUUUUCCCAAGGGGUAGACAUAAGAAACCUUCAUAAGCUUAAUAAAACACCUUCAUAUCCCCAUUAUGACAUUUGAACCAUACAGACUUGUGGGAUAGACAGGACAGAGAGGCUGAGGCCUCAAUGAACAGAUGAAGAAACUAAAGCUAAAGUAGCUUACCCAAGGUUGGCAAGCUGAGAGAACAUAACAGAAACCCAGGUUCUGGGACUCACAAGGCCUGUGUUCUGUUGACUGAUAAUGCUCAGGAUGGGGUAGGGGUGAGUGAGGGCUAGAGUGACCCUUUUAACACCAACUUAGCAAAGCUCCUCAGAAUGUCUCCAUGAGAAAUUAACUAGCACAACAUUUUAGCCUUGCUAGCCUUUUGGUUCCCUGUCCUUUUGGAAACAGUUUCACACCCCUUCUGUAAACUACAAAUCCUGAGUUUCCAUUUUUUUUUCCCUGUUGGUAACUGUGUGCCUAGGGUGUCUGUUCUCACUGCCCCAAAGUUUGAUUUUGUGUUACAAAAAGCUGUUCAAGUCCCCCCUCCCCAUCCAUCCUUACCUUUGUUUUUCUCCUUCAUUUCCCCCUUCACCCUUUCACCCUGCAACAAAAAAAGUUACCACAGAAGGGUUCCUUUGUAUAGAAUAUUUAUUUUGAAGCUCUAUUUUAAUAGUAUUUAUUUUAGAAAGUCUACUAUUGUAAGAGUUCUUCUGUUUGUGAAGAAAAAAACAAGUUUAAAAACUGAAUGUACU